AUGGGAACAAACUCACCAAAUCCAGUUCCAUUCUCCGAACCGCCAUACCUCUGUGGUCUUCCCUCGCCAUACUACACGCAAGCUCAUCGUCAGUUCCAGAAGGCAUGUCGAGCAUUUAUUUGGGAGCAUUUGCAUUCCCAUGCCAUGGAAUGGGAGCGGGAGGGCACUGUUCCACCUCAUGUGUUUGAAGUAUUUGCCAAACACAACAUGCUACUUCCAAACCUGCCUUCUCCCUUACCAGUUGCAUGGUUGAAGAAGUUAAAUAUUCAUGAUAUCUUGGGUGUCAAGGUUGAGGACUGGGAUUUAAUAUACACUGGUAUAUAUCUGGAUGAGAUGUCAAGAUGCGGGCUGAGUGGGCCCCCGAGUUCACUGACAGCUGGGUUUGCAUUUGGAAUCCCGCCCAUGCUGGCAUUUGGUAGCCGGGAACUACAAGAGAAAUUUCUUCCCGAUAUGUUAACUGCCAAGGUCAGAUCGUGUAUUGCCAUUACCGAACCGGACGCAGGUAGUGACGUUGCAAAUAUUACUACCACUGCAGAGAAGAGCGCAGAUGGAAAGUACUAUAUUAUUAAUGGCGAGAAGAAAUGGAUCACGAAUGGAAUCUGGUCAGACUACACAACCAUGGCUGUACGUACUGGCGGACCAGGGCCAACAGGGCUAUCUAUGAUAGUCGUACCUUUGAAGGGGUACCCAGGCGUAACGAUGCGUCGACUCCCGGUCUCAGGUCAAGUCUGUGGGGGUACCACGUAUAUCGAGCUAGACAAUGUCAAAGUGCCGGUUGAAAACCUCAUCGGUCAAGAGGGACAUGGUAUGAGGUACAUAAUGACCAAUUUCAACCAUGAACGCCUAACAAUUGCCGUUGGAGUCACUCGCCAGGCUCGAGUAGCUCUCAGCGCCGCGUUCGAAUACUGUAUGAAGCGCGAGGCCUUUGGUAAGACUCUGAUGGACCAGCCUGUAGUGAGGCACAGGUUAUCCAAGGCUGGUGCCGAACUAGAGUCCAUGUGGGCUUGGGUAGAGCAGUUCUUAUACCAAAUGAGCCACAUGCCAAAGGUCGAGGGAGAUAGGAGACUGGGCGGCUUGACUGCUCUGGCUAAGGCCAAGGCUGGAAUGGUCCUCAAUGAGUGUGCUCAGGUGGCGGUUUUGCUCUUUGGGGGACUUGGAUUCACAAAGUCUGGCCAGGGAGAAUUAGUUGAGAAAAUACUGCGUGAUGUCCCUGGAGCUCGGAUACCAGGAGGGUCGGAAGAUGUACUCCUUGAUCUUGCCGUUCGCCAGCUUGUGAAGAAUUUUAAGGCCGAAGGGAAGAAGCUCGGCAAGGCUGCUAAUCUCUAG